AUGUCGCAAAAGAAAGGAGUCUAUGCUACAAACCAUCGUUUAAAUUACCUUUCUUCUUUUUCAACUGUUUUCCAUUCUAACCUUUAUCACUUUCAACAACAGCACGACGCAAGCUUUCCCCGUACCUGGGACAAACAAGAAUACGAACAGCGUGCACGAGAUCGUCAUGCACAACAGCUAGAAGAGGAGGAAGAGCGAAGAUGUAAAGGUCUAAAACCUAAACCAGCUGAUGAUGUUUUGGAUGAAGAGGGACCUCGUGAUUUGCUUACGGCGCGCAUAGAGAAAGUUGUGCUCGAUGCUAACUUGAAUAGGACCCAGUUGGUUCAAAGCACUAGUAUUGCCUCGAAAUAA